CUGUGAGUUUCCUAGAAGACGCACAUGAAAAGCUUAGUGAGCAGUGACCUCAUACAUUAUUAUUGUAUAUAAUGAAUCUUACUAUUAUAUACGUGAACCACCAACGCGCUUUCUGUUCCACAGCAUCCUAUGAUACUAAAAUAAGCCACAUCUCUUCUCUUCUCAACAUUAUAUCCGUUCCCUUCCUUUUUUCUCUUUUGUAUUUUGUCACUCAUAUAUCAUAUUAACAACUUAACAUGCUUCAAGUAGAGCAAAUUAAUCAACUAAGGGAGAUAUUCGGUCGAUUCGACAUGGACUCAGAUGGGAGCCUAACCAUGUUGGAGCUAGCAGCACUUCUGAGGUCACUGGGCCUGAAGCCCUCGGGUGAGCAAGUCCAGGCCCUCUUAGCCAACAUGGACUCAAAUGGAAAUGGAAAAGUUGAGUUUGAUGAGUUGGCGAGGGCCAUAUUACCCGACAUAAAUGCACAGGUGUUGGUGAACCAAGAAGAGCUUCUAAGGGUGUUCAAGUGCUUUGAUCGUGAUGGGAAUGGUUUUAUAUCUGCUGCAGAGUUGGCUGGGGCCAUGGCCAAAAUGGGUCAGCCUCUUACGUAUCGAGAGCUCACGGAGAUGAUCAAAGAGGCUGACACAGAUGGUGAUGGUGUCAUUAGCUUCAAUGAGUUUGCCACCAUCAUGGCUCGCUCUGCUUCUCAUUUCUUAGGCCUCGCAUAAAAUCAUAUUCAUUUCGUCUAACUUUUACUAGCUUAUUCAACUUUUCCUCCUUUUUUCUUUGUUGGAUACCUUGUGCAUAAGAAUUUUGUCAUAUGUAGCUCGUUUCUUUUAAAUUAUUGAAUCAAAUAAGGAUAUUUGGUUUCUA